UCUGCGAGGAAACAAGAAGACAGGCCCAAGAUGGAGGCGGCGGCGGCCGUAGCGGCGUGACAGGCUAUGAUUAUUGGACCUCUGAAUUCCUCCUCUGUCUUCUAGGAGCCCCAUGGCACCUGCCCAGCCCCACCUCAGCCCAUCUUGACAAAGUUCUAGGCUCCAUGGAGUCACCACGGGGCCCCCCUGCCAAUGGGGCCGAGCCAUCCCGGGCAGUGGGGACCGUCAAAGUGUACCUGCCCAACAAGCAACGCACGGUGGUGACUGUCCGGGAUGGCAUGAGUGUCUACGAUUCUCUAGACAAGGCCCUCAAGGUGCGAGGUCUCAAUCAGGAUUGCUGUGUGGUCUACCGGCUCAUCAAGGGGCGAAAGACAGUUACUGCCUGGGACACGGCCAUUGCCCCCCUGGAUGGCGAGGAGCUCAUCGUGGAGGUCCUCGAAGACGUCCCACUGACCAUGCACAAUUUUGUACGGAAGACAUUCUUCAGCCUGGCAUUCUGCGACUUCUGCCUUAAGUUUCUGUUCCAUGGCUUCCGCUGCCAAACCUGUGGCUACAAGUUCCACCAGCAUUGUUCCUCCAAGGUCCCCACAGUCUGUGUUGACAUGAGUACCAACCGCCGACAGUUCUACCACAGUGUCCAGGAUUUGUCCGGAGGCUCCAGACAGCACGAGGCUCCCUCGAACCGCCCCCUGAAUGAGCCGCUAACCCCUCAGGGUCCCAGCCUUUCCCCUGCCAGCUCCUGCACCCAGCACCGGGACCCUGAGCACUUCCCCUUCCCUGCCUCGGCCAACGCCCCCCUCCAGCGCAUCCGCUCCACCUCCACCCCCAACGUCCAUAUGGUCAGCACCACAGCUCCCAUGGACUCCAGCCUCAUCCAGAGUUUCAGCACCGAUGGUGAGCCCCCCACUGCCUGUGCCUUGAGCCCACCUGCCACCCCACUUGCUUCCACUCACACCCUCUCCACAACCACAGCCGCUGGAGGUAGAAGUGGUGGUGAUGGAGCCUCCCGGGGGAGCCCCAGCCCGGCCAGCGUGUCCUCGGGGAGGAAGUCCCCACAUUCCAAGUCCCCAUCGGAGCAGCGGGAGCGAAAGUCCUUGGCUGACGACAAGAAGAAAGUGAAGAAUCUGGGGUACCGGGACUCAGGCUAUUACUGGGAGGUGCCACCCAGCGAGGUGCAGCUGCUGAAGAGGAUCGGGACAGGCUCAUUUGGCACCGUGUUUCGCGGGCGGUGGCAUGGUGAUGUGGCCGUGAAGGUGCUCAAGGUGGCGCAACCCACAGCUGAGCAGGCCCAGGCCUUCAAGAACGAGAUGCAGGUGCUCAGGAAGACGCGUCAUGUCAACAUCUUGCUGUUCAUGGGCUUCAUGACCCGGCCGGGCUUUGCCAUCAUCACACAGUGGUGCGAGGGCUCCAGCCUCUACCACCACCUGCAUGUGGCGGACACACGCUUCGACAUGGUCCAGCUCAUCGACGUGGCCCGGCAGACCGCCCAGGGCAUGGACUACCUUCAUGCCAAGAACAUCAUCCAUCGAGAUCUCAAGUCUAACAACAUCUUCCUACAUGAGGGGCUCACGGUGAAGAUCGGUGACUUCGGCCUGGCCACAGUGAAGACGAGGUGGAGCGGGGCCCAGCCCUUGGAGCAGCCCUCGGGCUCUGUGCUAUGGAUGGCGGCCGAGGUGAUCCGUAUGCAGGACCCGAACCCUUACAGCUUCCAGUCGGAUGUCUACGCCUAUGGGGUUGUGCUCUAUGAGCUCAUGACCGGCUCACUGCCUUACAGCCACAUUGGCAGCCGUGACCAGAUUAUCUUUAUGGUGGGCCGUGGCUAUCUGUCCCCGGACCUCAGCAAAAUCUCCAGCAACUGCCCCAAGGCCAUGCGGCGCCUGCUGUCUGACUGCCUCAAGUUCCAGCGGGAGGAGCGGCCCCUCUUCCCCCAGAUCCUGGCCACGAUUGAGCUACUGCAGCGGUCACUCCCCAAGAUCGAGCGGAGUGCGUCCGAACCCUCCUUGCACCGCACCCAGGCUGACGAGUUGCCUGCCUGCCUACUCAGCGCAGCCCGCCUUGUGCCUUAGGCCCCACCCCCAGCCACCGGGGAGCCAAUCUCAGCCCGCCAUGCCAAGGAGCCCUGCCCACCAACCAAUCAAUGUUCGUCUCUGCCCUGAUACUGCCUCAGGAUCCCCCGUCCCUGCCCUGGAGAUGAGGGGGUCCCCAUGUGCUUUGCCAGUUCCUCUGGAAUUGGGGGAUCCCCAAAGACCGAGACCCCUGCCUUCUCCAUAAUUUGGUUUCCUCUUGGCUUUGGGGAUACUUCUGAAUUUGGGAGCUCCUUCAUCUCCAAUGGCUGGGAUUCGUGGCAGGGAUUCCAUUCAGAACCUCUCUGGAAUUUGUGCCUCAUGUGCCUUCCACUGGAUUUUGGGGUCCCCAGCACUCCGUGUGGAUUUGGGGGUCCCCUGUGUCUCCCCCGCCAUUCAAGGACUCCCCUCUUUCUUCACCAAGAAGCACAGAAUUCUGCUGGG